UAAUAACGGAAUGUUUGCUGUACAUUAGGAGGAAACAUCAACAAAACAGGACUCAUCAUCCUCCCCUCCCAUAUCCAUGGAUCCUAAAGCUUCGGAGCUGAAGGAAAUGGAGCAGACUGAUGAAACGAUUCUGGUCCGACCAGUCCUCCAUGAACAUCCAUUGAAAUUUUGCGAGGUAACUGAAAACUUGGGAGAAAGGGUUUGCAAUGCUUGUCGUUUAGAACUUAGUGGUCCAGGCUACAUCUGUCAAGGAUGCCAAUAUAUCCUAUAUGAAAACUGUGCUAAAUUACCCGAUAAGAUACAACACCCUCUUCAUCCUCAACAUCAUCUCAACCUCUACGCUAGAUAUACAUCGCUGGACGAAAAUAUAUGUGAUAAGUGUCAAGAAUUUUCUUUCGGUUUCAUUUAUCUUUGCGAGCAGUGUGAUUUCAAGCUCGAUCUGAAAUGCGCAACUCGAGCACCCUCUGAAAGUGGGCGCACAACGUUGAAAGAGUCGAAGAGGGAAACUGAGCUAUUCCAUUUCACUGACAAGCACAAGCUACUGUUUUGCAAUUUUACUGACUCUGUAGUUGAAAGCCGAUGCAAUAUUUGUCAACUGCAAAUCUUUGGUCCAGCAUACCAUUGCAGGAAAUGUGGUUGGGUUCUUCAUGAAUCUUGUCUUAGGUUACCACAAGAAAUGCAAGCACCUAUUCAUUCCCAACACACUUUGACUCUAAGCUACACGAGAUAUGGAGGGUGCCAUGCAUGUUCACUAAAGCUGUUACCAUCUGGCUAUUUUAAGAGUUAUAACUAUGGUUGUAAAGAUUGUGGCGUCAACUACCAUAUUGCAUGUGCAAUUUCCCUAACACGGCCUCUGAAACUUGACUCUCACAUGCACCAUCUUUAUUAUUUUGGGACGGACUUUGAUCGAUUCUUUGCCAUGUACCGUGACUUCAUUGAUCACUAUGCUGCACUAUUUUGUAGUCACUGUUGUCAAAUUUGCAGUGGGCAAUCUUUCUAUCGUUGUCUUGAGUGUUUCGUCAAUUUCCACAUAGAAUGUCUAUCCUUACCUCAAAUUAUCAAAUCCAAAUGCCACACCCAUUCGUAUAUCGAAGAUGAUUCAGAGGAGCAUUACUGUGAUGAAUGUGAAGAAAAAAGACACCCAAGCCAUCAUGUUUACUAUUGUGAAGAAUGCCCAGGAAUGUUUGUUGCUCAUAUAGAUUGUGCACUUUCUAAGGUAAGUUUUUAUAUAUAAAUUUUGUUUUG